CUGAAGCUGAAGAAGACGAAAGCAAUCAUAAAAUGGGAGGUUGCAAGCUCAUGGUUGGAAAGACUUUGUCACGGAAGCUAAAGGCUCUGUACACAUCCUUUUUGCCUCAGAGAAAUUUUUCCUAAAUGUUUAUUUUGAUGGUUUACAUAUCUUUGAUUGUUUUCAAAAUAAGAGAGGGAUCUGAGAGUUUUACAACUAUUUGUUCCCCCCACCAUGCAGAAGUGAUUUCGUCCACGUAAAUGUCUUUCCUGCGUCGGGAACGGCAUUUCCGCGCGCAAGCGCAGUUUAAAUCACAUGGUGCCUCCAGGCUUAAUACUCGGGUAGUGAAUAGAACGUUACUCUGGGUGUCGGAAUUCAGAACGGACCUGCAGGAUGUUGAUCUCCAAGAACAUGCCCUGGCGGCGGCUGCAGGGCAUUUCCUUCGGGAUGUAUUCGGCUGAAGAGCUCAAGAAAUUAAGUGUUAAAUCCAUUACAAACCCUCGGUUCCUGGACAGCCUGGGGAACCCAUCGGCAAACGGCCUGUAUGAUUUAGCUUUGGGCCCCGCAGAUUCCAAAGAGGUGUGCUCCACCUGCGCGCAGGACUUCAACAACUGCUCCGGGCACCUGGGCCAUAUUGAGCUCCCACUCAUGGUGUACAACCCUCUCCUCUUCGAUAAGCUAUACCUGCUGCUUCGGGGCUCUUGUUUAAACUGCCACAUGCUGACUUGUCCCCGGGCUGUGAUUCACCUCUUACUCUGCCAGCUGAGAGUUCUGGAAGUCGGGGCCCUACAAGCAGUCUACGAGCUUGAGAGAAUUCUGAACAGGUUUCUGGAAGAAAAUGCUGAUCCCUCUGCCUCUGAAAUUCAGGAGGAAUUAGAACAAUACACAACUGAAAUUGUGCAGAACAACCUCCUGGGGUCCCAGGGCUCACAUGUAAAGAAUGUGUGUGAGAGCAGGAGCAAGAUAAUUGCUUUCUUCUGGAAGACACACAUGAAUCCUAAGCGCUGUCCCCACUGCAAGACUGGGCGAUCUGUUGUCCGAAAGGAACACAAUAGCAAGUUGACGAUCACGUUUCCAGCCACGGUGCACAGGACAGCUGGCCAGAAGGACUCCGAGCCCCUAGGAAUUGAGGAAGCUCAGAUGGGAAAACGAGGAUACUUAACACCCACCAGUGCCCGUGAACACCUUUUUGCCCUGUGGAAGAAUGAAGGAUUCUUUCUGAACUACCUUUUUUCGGGAGUGGACAAUGAUGGUAUGGAGUCCAGAUUCAACCCCAGUGUGUUCUUUCUAGAUUUCUUGGUGGUGCCGCCCUCAAGGUAUCGCCCAGUCAGUCGCUUGGGAGACCAAAUGUUUACCAAUGGCCAGACGGUGAACUUGCAGGCUGUCAUGAAGGAUGUAGUUCUGAUUCGAAAACUUCUGGCAUUGAUGGCCCAAGAACAGAAGCUACCAGGGGAUGUGGCAGUACCCCUUACAGAUGAGGGAAAAGACUCUUUGAUUACUAUUGACAGAGCCUUUCUGAGUACAAUUCCAGGGCAGUCCUUCAUAGACAAACUUUACAACAUUUGGAUUCGCCUUCAGAGCCACGUCAAUAUUGUGUUUGAUAGCGAGAUGGACAAGCUAAUGACAGACAAGUACCCAGGCAUUAGGCAGAUCCUGGAGAAGAAAGAAGGCCUGUUCCGAAAGCACAUGAUGGGAAAGCGAGUGGACUAUGCUGCACGCUCAGUCAUCUGCCCAGACAUGUACAUCAACACCAACGAAAUUGGAAUUCCCAUGGUAUUUGCCACAAAACUGACCUACCCGCAGCCAGUUACUCCGUGGAAUGUUCAGGAACUUAGACAGGCAGUCAUCAAUGGCCCCAACGUGCACCCAGGAGCCUCCAUGGUCAUCAAUGAGGAUGGCAGCCGCACAGCCCUGAGUGCUGUGGAUGUGAGCCAACGAGAGGCUGUGGCCAAGCAGCUCCUGACUCCAGCCAUGGGGGCACCUAAGCCCCAGGGAACAAAAAUUGUGUGCCGGCAUGUGAAGAAUGGGGACAUUCUGCUACUGAACCGCCAGCCCACCCUGCACAGACCCUCCAUCCAGGCCCACCACGCCCGCAUCCUGCCUGAAGAGAAAGUGCUGCGGCUCCACUAUGCCAACUGCAAAGCCUAUAAUGCCGACUUUGAUGGAGAUGAGAUGAAUGCCCAUUUCCCCCAGAGUGAGCUGGGCCGGGCCGAGGCCUAUGUCCUGGCCUGCACCGAUCAGCAGUACCUUGUUCCCAAGGAUGGCCAACCAUUGGCGGGACUGAUCCAGGAUCACAUGGUUUCAGGUGCAAGCAUGACUACUCGGGGUUGCUUUUUCACCCGGGAGCAGUAUAUGGAGCUGGUGUACCGAGGACUCACAGACAAACUGGGGCGCGUGAAGCUCUUUCCUCCCUCUAUCCUGAAGCCCUUUCCACUGUGGACAGGAAAACAGGUUGUGUCAACACUGCUCAUAAAUAUAAUCCCAGAGGACCACAUCCCACUGAACUUAACUGGAAAGGCAAAAAUCACUGGGAAAGCCUGGGUGAAGGAGACUCCUCAAUCUGUUCCUGGCUUUAACCCCGACUCGAUGUGCGAGUCCCAGGUGAUCAUCAGGGAAGGGGAGCUGCUCUGCGGAGUUCUGGACAAGGCGCACUACGGGAGCUCCGCCUAUGGCCUGGUCCACUGCUGCUAUGAGAUCUACGGGGGCGAGAUCAGCGGCAAGGUUCUAACCUGCCUGGCUCGCCUCUUCACUGCCUACCUGCAGCUCUACAGAGGCUUCACCUUGGGCGUGGAAGACAUUUUGGUGAAGCUGAAGGCAGAUGUGAAGAGGCAGCAGAUCAUUGAAGAAUCCAUCCACUGUGGGCUCCGGGCUGUCAGGGCUGCAUUAAAUCUGCCAGAAGCCGCAUCAUAUGAUGAGGUCCGAGAAAAAUGGCAGGAUGCCCAUCUGGGCAAGGACCAGAGGGAUUUUAACAUGAUUGAUCUGAAGUUCAAGGAGGAAGUGAACCAUUACAGCAAUGAGAUUAACAAGGCAUGCAUGCCUUUUGGUCUACACAGACAGUUCCCAGAGAACAGCCUGCAGAUGAUGGUGCAAUCGGGAGCCAAAGGUUCAACUGUGAACACGAUGCAGAUCUCAUGCCUGCUGGGCCAGAUUGAAUUGGAAGGUCGGAGACCCCCGCUGAUGGCAUCUGGCAAAUCACUGCCCUGCUUUGAGCCUUAUGAGUUCACCCCCAGGGCUGGUGGUUUUGUCACUGGCAGAUUCCUCACCGGCAUCAAACCUCCUGAGUUCUUCUUCCACUGCAUGGCAGGACGAGAGGGCCUGGUCGACACUGCUGUGAAAACUAGCCGCUCAGGCUAUCUCCAGAGGUGCAUCAUUAAACACCUGGAGGGGCUGGUCGUGCAGUAUGAUCUCACAGUCCGAGACAGUGAUGGCAGUGUGGUACAGUUCCUGUAUGGGGAGGAUGGCCUGGACGUCCCCAAGACACAGUUCCUGCAGCCCAAGCAGUUCCCCUUCCUGGCCAGCAACUACAAGGCGAUAAUGAAAUCAAAUCAUCUCCAUGAAGUUUUAUCCAGAGCUGAUCCCAAAAAAGCUCUCCGCCACUUCAGAGCCAUCAAAAAAUGGCAAAGCAAGCACCCCAACACCCUCCUGAGAAGAGGCGCCUUCUUGAAUUAUUCCCAGAAAAUUCAGACAGCUGUGAAAGCGCUGAACCUUGAGAGUGGAAACCGGAACGGCCGCAGCCUGGGGACCCAGGAGAUGCUGAGGAUGUGGUAUGAGUUGGAUGAGCACAGCCGAAGGAAAUACCAGAAGAAGGCGGCCAGUUGUCCUGACCCCAGUCUGUCUGUCUGGCGCCCUGACAUACACUUUGCAUCAGUGUCAGAAACAUUUGAAACAAAGGUUGAUGACUACAGUCAAGAGUGGGCAGCUCAAACAGAGAGGAGUUAUGAGAAAUCUGAGCUUUCUCUCGACAGGUUGAGGACCUUGCUGCAGCUGAAGUGGCAGCGCUCACUGUGUGAGCCAGGUGAGGCCGUGGGCCUGCUGGCCGCCCAGAGCAUCGGAGAGCCCUCCACCCAGAUGACCCUCAACACCUUCCACUUUGCAGGCAGAGGCGAGAUGAACGUCACCCUGGGCAUUCCAAGGUUGCGGGAGAUUCUCAUGGUGGCCAGCGCCAACAUCAAGACACCCAUGAUGAGUGUGCCUGUGCUCAACACCAAGAAAGCCCUGAAGAGAGUGAAAAGCCUGAAGAAGCAACUCACCAGAGUGUGCUUAGGGGAGGUAUUGCAGAAAAUUGACGUCCAGGAGUCCUUAUGUAUAGAAGAAAAACAGAACAAAUUCCGGGUGUACCAGCUGCGGUUUCAGUUUCUGCCACAUGCGUGUUACCAGCAGGAGAAGUGCCUGAGACCUGAGGACAUCCUGCACUUCAUGGAAACAAGAUUCUUUAAACUUCUGAUGGAAUCCAUCAGAAAGAAGAAUAAUAAAGCAUCAGCUUUCAGGAACGUAAACACUCGAAGAGCUACGCAGCGGGAUCUGGACAAUGCUGAGGAGUCCGGGAGGAGUCGGGGAGAGCAGGAGGGCGAUGAGGAAGAGGAGGGGCACAUUGUGGACGCUGAAGCUGAUGAGGGGGACACCGAUGCCUCUGAUGCCAAACGCAAGGAGAAGCAGGAGGAGGAGGUUGAUUAUGAGAGUGAGGAAGAGGAGGAGAAGGAAGGCGAGGAGAAUGAUGAUGAGGACACGCAGGAGGAAGGGAACGCCCACGGGGAAGGUGCUCAAGAGACCCAAGAGCAAGACGAAGAGAUGGCUUCAGGCGCUGAGGAGGCCCCGUCCCUGCCCGCCCUCCUGACACAGCCCCGGAAAUCCACCCACAGCCAGGAGCCCCAGGGGGCCGAGGCCUCGAAGCACCGGGUCCAGGCUGUGCGUGAGAUCCACUCCUUCAUAGAGGACUACCAGUAUGACACCGAGGAGAGCCUGUGGUGCCAGGUGACAGUGAAGCUCCCUCUGAUGAAGAUCAAUUUUGACAUGAGCUCCCUGGUAGUAUCUUUGGCCCAUGAUGCCAUUGUCUAUACAACCAAGGGCAUCACUCGGUGCCUCCUGAAUGAAACGACCAACAGUAAGAACGAGAAGGAGCUUGUGCUAAACACAGAGGGAAUCAACCUCCCGGAGCUGUUCAAGUAUGCGGAGAUCCUGGAUCUGCACCGCCUCUAUUCCAAUGAUAUCCACGCCAUGGCCAACACGUAUGGCAUCGAGGCUGCACUGCGGGUGAUUGAGAAGGAAAUCAAGGAUGUCUUUGCCGUGUAUGGCAUUGCAGUCGACCCUCGCCAUCUCUCCCUGGUCGCUGAUUAUAUGUGCUUCGAGGGUGUUUACAAGCCACUGAAUCGCUUUGGGAUCCAGUCAAACUCUUCCCCGCUACAGCAGAUGACAUUUGAAACCAGCUUCCAGUUUCUGAAGCAGGCCACCAUGCUGGGAUCCCAUGAUGAGCUGAGGUCUCCUUCUGCCUGCCUUGUGGUUGGGAAGGUCGUCAAGGGUGGGACAGGCCUGUUCGAGCUCAAGCAGCCCCUGAGAUAGUGGCUGCUCCAGCACUGUCUGCCCAGCUCCAGGGACCCUCAGUGAGGGCGUGACCCAGCCUGCCUUCUGCGUGAGAGGACCAGGAGACUGGAAUCCAGGGUGGUUCCAAGUGACAGCACAGAGCACAGCAGCAACCUUGGGCUUGAAAGCAGUGGGCCUCUGAGCUGGGCCAGCUUCACCUGGAAAGUGACAGAGUUGUUCCAUCCUUGCGCCUUCCUGUCUCUGGAUUUUUAUCAAGGAUUAUCAAGUUUUCUGAGUCCCCUUGAGAUGGCCGGGGCCUCACCUGUGCUGCAGGAGGCCUCUGUGGCGUAACCCCUGAGAAGCCCCCAUUCACUGAGAACACCAAGGGGAAGCAGUGCUUUGCUGCAGGGGACCCCAGGUACCUCCAGAGUAGGGAAGCAGGGCUCUGUUGCUGCGAGUGGCCAAGGACAAGAGACAGGAUUCCUGGGGGCUCCUGAUGUGCAGGAACGUGGAGCCUGCUGCCCAAGGGCUGCUCCUUCCAUCCGCUCCAGCCCCAGGGGACACAGUCCACAAGGAGUCCCCAGCAAGACUUCUUCCCUGGGCCAACUACAGGGUAACACAGUUCUCCACUCACCCAACUUCUGUGCCUGGUCAGGGUCGUGGUCCUGCCACCGUGUGGCUAGGUGUCCUUCUAGACCACAUGAACCCCAAGGCUGAGGGCAGUCUCUCCAGGUCCACAGCUCAUUCCCACACACGGAACCCAGGUCACUGCCAGGGCAAUUGAACGGGUUGCCUGGCUUUUCUCUGCUGUCAGUUUGGUGUAGAGAUCUAUGUCCCACCCUGUAGGCCCAUAGGCCCUGCUUAUGGGAAGGUACACAGGCCUCGACCCCAGAGGACUGUGUCAGUCUGUACUUGGUGGUCCACAUUCCCUCUCCCUCUAGCACCAAUAACACAUUUCCCUGGCAUGGACAGAAAAGACAGGACUCAUACAAAGGCUUUGUAAAACCAGAGACCACUUCUAUUUUUGUCUACUGAUUUCAGCUCAGGGAGAGUAAUAAACAUCACUGGAACUAGCUGUUAGGAAAGAAAAAAUCUUGGGUUUUUUUGUUUUUUUUCUUAAGUUUUUUCCCUUGCUUUGCAGUUUCUGCAUUUGGAUUUGAGAACACAGGACAGGGAUUUUCUUGGCACAGUCAGAUCUUGGGUCCCUCUUCUGUUCUUUCCUGUCUGAGGCCUUAUGGGGAGAGCUCAGCCUCUGCAGCCUCCUUUCCCUCUGCCCCUGGCCUGUCCCUGCAGUGACCCCCUUCCAGAGCUACCUGCUGGCCCUGUGGCCAGUAGAAGCACAGGGGAGAAGCCUUUAUGCAGAAGCUGUGCCUGCCUUGGUAUGGGGUGGGAAGGCUGCUGCUGUGACCUUGGGGUAGGGUUGGGGAUCAAGGGAGGCCUUGUCAAGGGAGAGUGACCAUGUUGCUCCCUCCAGACAUGCAAUAGGACGCAGCCUGCACCUCCUAGGCCUGUGAUGGAAAAGCCUGACAGAAACCAGUACCUCCUAACAGGGUCUGCCAGGUUCACCAAGACAUGGGCACAGAGGAAUAUGACAGUUUUGAGGCAGGCAGGAAGGGCCCAGCCUGAAGGGUAAGGCAUUCAUUCUUUGAGUUAAAGGGCAUGUUCACUUGAUGAUUUUUACACACACUAGAAUGGUGAGAGACCAUCCUCAAAGGAGAUCACAGAGUAACAUGGUGAUCGUGACAUGGUGGAUGGAUGAGUAUUUGGUUCCGUGGGUUCCACCUCUCCCAGGCACUGAGAGCGCAAAGGGGAAGGAGUAAGCCCUGCAUAUUGGCCAGUCUGUUACCAUAACAAUUAGAUCAGACCCCCAACCAUAAUUACCGUAUGGGAAGUGAGGGAUGCCCUCCUGCCCCACCCACCCCGUGGAUCCUGGGCAGCUCUGUUUCAUUCCUGUUCCUUUCCUGAUGGGUAAGUAUUAAGACAGCAUAUCUGGUUUUCAAACACAUUUGGGAGCUUGCACAUCCUGAGGAGCGAGGACUCUCACUGUGGUCCCCUUAGAGGAUUACACUCUCGCUUCGGUUGUUCUCUAUGCUCGGAAGCCUCUGAGAGUGGCCUUCUUGGCAGUUUAAGAUGGCAGAGGCUUUGGAAUCUUCUCAGGACCGAAAGUGCACAUUGAGGAUGCAUUUGAGUUUUGGAAAGUAGGCCAAAGUCACAUCUGAUGGAUGGAUUCAAAAAGGUGGAUUAAGCUGCAUUGUCAUUUUUAAUCAAAAUGUAAUGGAGAUUGAUCAUCUUGUGGUGGUCACAAACUUUUCAUGGGAGCUGUGAAUUCUUUUUUUCUUUUUUGAGAUAGAGUUUUGCUCUUGUUGCCCAGGCUGAAGUGCAGUGGCACAAUCUUGGCUCACUGCAACCUCUACCUCCCGGGUUCAAGUGAUUUUCUUGCCUCAGCCUCCCGAGUAGCUGGGAUUACAGGCAUGUGCCACCAUGCCCUGCUAAUUUUUGUAUUUUUAGUAGAGACCGGGUUUCACCAUGUUGGCCAGGCUGGUCUCGAACUACUGAUCUCAGGUGAUCUGCCCACCUUGGCCCCCCAGAGUGCUGGGAUUAUAGGCGUGAGCCACCGCGCCCAGCUGAAGCUGAGUUCUUUCAGAGAUGCCGUUAGCCAGCCACAGUUUAGACAUCCUUCUCACCUUGCCCUUUUUUGUGAUAUGCAUACCUACUUGCUUGCUUCUAAUAGUUUUUUGGUUUGUUUUGUAGAGACAGGGGUCUUGCUUUAUUGCUCAGGCUGGUUUCAAACUCCUGGGCUCAAGCAAUCCUCCCACUGUGCCCUCCCAAAGUGCUGGGUGAUGUGAGCCACCAUCCCUGGCCAGUUAAUUUUUUUUAGUCUCUCCUUUCCCGGUUCUCACCAGAAACACUAUCAGCAUUCCCACAGUCUUUGAAACAUUCCUGUGAGUCUUUGAAACAUUUUCUGUCCUGCAUUAAGAAUAAAACCGAGGAAUGGAUGAAGCACCUUGUCUCAUCCCCAGUCUGAAACGUGAAACUCCCUUUCCCUUCACUUUGCCCUACUCCCAAAUAAUAUGUACAAAUGUCUGUACCCAUUGAGCACUAAUUCCUCAUUUCUUCCACCUCCCCAGCCCCUCACAACCACUGUUCUACGUUCUGUCUCUGAAUUUGACCUCUCUAGGUACCUCAUACAAGUGGAAAAGUACAGCA